AUGGCCAAAGACUCGCAUUUGGAGCCUGCAAAGUCCCGAUUGAGCAGCGGAUCGCUCACAAACCUGUUCAAACUGAAUCGCAAACGUCCCUUGGAAGAUGAGGAAUCUGAAUCGGCACAAUCGCCAUCCGAUGGUUCUGGAAACGAUGCGAAUAGCAGUGAAACUGAAGAAAACCAUGAAAUUGUGGCCAAGAAGAGGCGCACGUUGUCAAUGGCCGAAACCGAGGCACAGGAAGCGCGAGAACGAAAACUAGACGAAUCCUUACCUGAAGAGUUGCGCAAGUUCAGACCCGUCGGUUUCAGUCUCAAUUUGCCUCCAAAAGAUCGGCCUGUGCGGGUUUAUGCAGACGGUGUGUUCGAUCUGUUCCAUCUGGGCCACAUGAAGCAGCUGGAACAGUGUAAAAAGUGCAUGCCCAAUGUGACGCUUAUUUGUGGCGUUCCCUCCGAUCGCGUUACCCACAAACUCAAAGGUUUGACUGUUUUGACCGAUGUGCAGCGCUACGAGUCCCUAAGACAUUGCAAAUGGGUCGACGAGGUCGUCGAAGACGCGCCUUGGUGUGUUACGCCGGAGUUUCUCGAGAAACACAAGAUCGACUACGUGGCGCACGACGACUUGCCCUACGCGGCAGCAGGCAGUGACGACAUUUACCUUCCCAUCAAGGAGAAAGGCAUGUUCGUCGCCACACAGCGCACCAAUGGUAUUUCUACCAGCGACAUCAUUACUCGUAUCAUCCGCGACUACGACAAGUAUCUGAUGCGCAACUUCGCCCGCGGUGCCACCAGGCGCGAGCUCAAUGUGUCGUGGCUCAAGAAGAACGAGCUCGAUUUCAAGAAACAUGUCCAAGAAUUUCGUUCUUAUUUCAAGAAGGGCCACGAUUCCAUCAACCACGCUUCCAAGGACCUGUACGUAGAAGUCCGCGAAAUGCUUUUGCGCAAGACGCUGGGCAAGAAAGUCUACUCCAAACUGGCAGGCCAAGAUCGGCCUCAGAAGAGAAUUAGAGGUACAUCGCCCGCUACAGAAUUUGCACGCACUUACGGCGGCAAUGAUUACCAGGAUUACGAGCAAGACGAUGACGACGAAAAUGACCAAAGCCAAGAUCAAAAUUCCAUCGAAUCAGCCGCGAAGGACCAUGUUCGUGUGACAGAAGGUGAGUCAACUAACAGUUCAAGCUCUUAG